AUGGCCGAGGCCAGGAAGCGGCGGGAGCUGCUUCCCUUGAUCUACCAGCAUCUUCUGCAAGCGGGCUACGUUCGCGCAGCGCGGGAAGUGAAGGAACAGAGCGGCCAGAAAACUUUGCCGACUCAGCCAUUUACCCUUCUGGAUAUCUACACACACUGGCAACAAACCUCAGAAAUCGGCCAGAAGCGAAAGGCAGAGGAUGAUGCAGCGCUGCAGGCCAAGAGGACUCGUGUGUCAGACCCCAUUAGCACCUCUGAGAGCUCAGAAGAUGAGGAGGAGGCUGCAGAAGCGGAGGCUGCCAAUGCCAGGAAGGCCCCAAGACCCAUGUCUAUCAACUCCUCAGUCGUGGGAACAGAUUUGCCAUCAAGCAUGAAAAAACCAACCAAGACAAACACCAAGAAAGCCAGCAAGAUGGUGAACUCCAUACCACACCCUGUCACCGGGAAGCCAGUGGCCCACAUCCUGUAUGGGAAGUCGCCCAAGAAGAUGGCAGUGCCCUUGGCAAAUACAACCUUGGUCUCAGAAACUGAGGAGGAGGGCAGUGUCCCGGUUCUCAAAGCCACUGCCAAGUCUGGGCUGGUGGACCAAGCCGACAGCUCCAGUGAGGACACCUCCAGCUCCAGUGAUGAGACAGACGUGGAGGUGAAACUGCCCGUGAAAACCCCUCCUGCUAAAGCCCCACCAAUCAAAGCCUUGCCUGUUCCUUCCAAGAAUCCUCCAGGGAGAACGGCAGCCCCAGUGCCCCCUGAGAAGACAGGGGCUGUGACAGCCCAGGUCAGAGGAGACACCGUAACCCCAGCCGGCAGGACCAAGAAGCCUGAAGAGGAAUCAGAAAGCAGUGAAGAGGAGUCAGAAAGCAGCGAGGAGGAGCCUCCCAGUCAGGUAAAGGCCUCAGAGAAAAUUUCCCAGGUCAGAGUUAUCUCCACCACUGCCAAAGGGCCCCCUGGGAAAGGGGCUGCCACAGCGCCCCCAAUAAAGACUGGAGCCACUCAAGCUAAGGCUGGGAGACCGGAACAAGACUCUGAGAGCAGCAGUGAGGAGUCGGACAGUGAAGAGACACGGACAGCCAAGACCCCACUUCAGGCAAAGUCCUCUGGAAAAGCCCUCCAGGCCAGAGUGGCUUCAGCCCCUGCGAAGGGGUCCCCUGUUAAAGGGGCUGCCCUAGCAGCCCCUGGGAAGACAGAGAAGCUGGAGGAGGACUCGGAGAGCAGCAGUGAGGAAGAGUCAGACAGUGAGGAGGACACCCCUGGCCAGGAUCCCACUGGUGAGUGUGACUCAGCUGCGGUAAAACCCUCUGGGGAAAACCUCCUGCUCAGACCUCCAUCAGCCCUGGGCCCGGGGCCUUCAGGGAAAGGGGCCAUCCCAGUACCCCUUGGGAAGGCUGGGUCCAUAGCACCCCAGACCCAGACAGGGAAACCAGAGGAAGACUCGGAAAGCAGCAGCGAGGAGGAGUCGGACGAUGAGGGGGAGGUUCCGGCAGCUGUGACUCCGGCCCAGGAAAAAACCUCCCAGGUCCGACCUGCCUCAGGUUCCACAAAAGGGCCUACCCCAGUGCCUCCUCAGAAGGCAGGACUGGUAACCACCCAGGUCAAGGUUGAGAGGCCCAAGGAAGACUCCGAGAGCAGCGAGGAGGAGUCUGACAGUGAGGAGGUGACCCCGGCUCAGGCCAAACCAGCCCUGAAAACUCCUCAUACCAAGUCCUCACCAAGGAAAAGCACCCCCACAUCUGCCAAGAUCCCCCCAGUAAGAGUGGGUACCCCAGCCCCCUGGAAAGCAGGAACAGCAACUUCUCCAGCUUGCGCAGCCUCCCCAGCUAUAGCCAAGGGCGCCCCAAGGCCAGAGGAGGAACCUUCCAGCAGUGAGGAGUCAGAGAGUGAGGAGGAAGCUGCGGCCACAGGGGGACAGGUAAAGUCUAUGGGGAAAGCUGCCUCAGCCCCUACCAAGGGACCCUUAGGCCCCAGGACCACCCCAGUCCCCCCUGGGAAGGCAGGACUUGUGGCCACCCAGGUCAAAACUGAGACCGAAGACUCGGAGAGCAGUGAGGAGGAAUCAGACAGUGAGGAGGAGUCCCUAGUGCCUGUGACACCAGCCCAGGUGAAGGUUUCAGUGAAAACUCCUCAGACCAAAGCUACCCCAGCUUCUUCCAAAGUGUCUUCAGUCAAAGGGGCAGCUCCUGGAAAAGUGACCACUGCAGGUGUUCAAGCCAAACUGAUGUCCCCGGCCAAGGCAAAGCCGCCAGCCAGAAGUUCCCAAAGCAGCACUGUCUCGGUGCGGGGCCAGGCGUCUGUGCCAGCUACCGGGAAGGCAGUGGCUGCAGGAGCUCAGGCCAAGACGGAAACAGCAAAGCCCUCAGGGAAAGCCCACCAUGUCAAAGCUGCCUCAUCCUCCACCAAGGGGUCCCCAGGGAAAGGGGCUGCCCCGGCACCUGUGGCAAAGACGGGGCCUGCAGCAGUCCAGGAAGGGAAACCCGAGGACUCGGAAAGCAGCAGCGAGGAGUCGGACAGUGAGGAGGACACCCCUGCGACUGGGACACCUGCCCAGGUGAUUAAACCCCCUCUGAUUUUUGUCGACCCUAAUCGUAGUCCAGCUGGCCCAGCUGCUACCCUUACGCCAGCCCAGGCUUCCAGCACCUCCAGGAAGGCCCAGGCCUCAGAGAACACAGCCAGGAGCUCCUCCUCCGAGAGCGAGGAUGAGGACGUGAUCCCCGCUACCCAGUGCGCCACUCCUCCUGUCAUUAGAAACACCGUUGUGCCCACUGCCCGUCCAGCGACAGCCCCCAGAGCCAGUAGUGGUGUGGCCAGCAGCAGCCAGGAGUCCAGAGGGGUGACCGAAGGCAAGCAGCAGAAGGCAGCAGCCACUCAGGUGACAAAGACAAGCCCAGCCUCUCUCCCACUGACCCAGGCUGCACUGAAGGUCCUCGCCCAGAAAGCCACUGCAGCCCAGCCUCCUGGUGCCGGGGCCCAGGCUUUAAGUGCGGCUCUAGGAAAGUCCCCUGUUCUGAGCGCCCAGGGCAGCCCCGUCCAAGCCAGAGGGACCAACAAGCUCAAAACCCCCAAGCUCCCUGAGGCCCUGCUGACCACAGCCACUCCCACGGGUCACCCUAAAGCCAAGACCUCUAAGACAUCGUCAGAUGACAGUGAGGACAGCAGUGACAGUUCUGGGAGUGAGCAAGAUGUGCAGGGGGUCCAGGUGGCCAAAUCGACACCCAGGCCAGGUCCCAGGCCCUCCAGGCAGGAGACCUUGGUGGAAGAGACCACAGAGUCCAGUGCAGAUGAGGUGGUGGAACCUUCCCAGUCUCUCCUCUCAGGUUCUGUUGUGACCCCUGGGUCAAACCUGGCCAAUUCCCAGACUUCAAAGGCCACUCCCAGGCCAGCCCCCAGCCCCUCAGCUUCCUCCACUGUGGCUACCAGAGAUGCCCUGGACAGCAAACUGGAGACAGAACCCCAGCAAGCAGUUGCCAUCCUGUCACCUAAAACAGGCAAAAGCGAAGCUGUCUCAGACACCAAGCCUCAAAAGCCUCGCAAAUCCAAAAAGGGGACCGUGAACCCCCAAGCUUCAACACUGGCUCUGCAGAACGACAUUGCCCAGCGCCUCCUGAGCGAGCCCUGGCCCCUGAAUGAGGCCCAGAUGCAGGCGUCAGUGAUGAAGGUCCUGGGGGAGCUGUUGGAGCAGGAGAAGAAGAAGGCUGCCAGUGCCACCAAGGAGAGCGGCAAGAAGGCCAGAGUGGGCGUCAAGCGGAAGCUGUCAGAAGACCAGCAGGCUGCCCUGAUACCCAAGAGCAAGAAGAAAAAGAAAUUGGUGGCCGGGGGUGGUGGGGAGGGCGCUGUUUCUCUAGAAAAGGCCCCGAGGACUCCCAAGGGAAAAUCAAAGAGAGACAAAGCUGAUGGCAACAAUGAAGAGAAGAAGGGGAAGGGGUCUCCUGGCUCCCGAGAGGUCAGGGAGAAGGCAGAAGGGAGUCCACAAGUGAUGAAGGUAGAGAGUGGAGACCAAGGAAACCCAAACAGCAAGAAAGAGAAGAAAUCUGACAAGAAAAAAAAAGACAAGGAAAAAAAGGAAAAGAAGAAGAAAUCAAAAAAGCCCUCAACCAAAGACCAUCAUAACUCGCCAUCCCAGAAGAAAAAGAAAAAAAAGAAGGCAACGGUAGAACCCAUCGUCUGA